AAUGACUGUCAAAGCUGUAAAAAUGCCGUGCACCGCUCCAAAUGUUUAUACUAAAGUGCCUGAUGGAGGAUGGGGUUGGACAAUUGCUUUUGCUUUCUUCUUUGUGGAAGCUCUAACAUAUGGCAUUAUAAAAUCGUUUGGCGUCUUCUUUAAUGACCUGAGGGAAAGCUUUGACGAAACGAACAGCAGGAUAUCCUGGAUAAUAUCCAUAUGUGUGUUUGUACAGGCCUUCACAGCUCCUCUGUCAACGAUCCUCAGCAAUCGCUUCGGUCACCACUUAGUGGUGAUGGCUGGAGGGGUGCUGAUCAGCACUGGCAUGGUCAUCGCCUCCUUCGCCUGCAGUGUUGUGGACAUGUAUAUCACCAUCGGCGUCAUCUCAGGCCUUGGAUACUGCCUCAGUUUCCUCCCGACUGUCACCAUUUUAUCACAGUAUUUUGACAAAAGACGUUCGCUGGUCACAGCAGUGGCAUCUACAGGGGAAUGUUUUGCUGUUUUCUCCUUUGCACCAGCAAUUACUGCUUUGAAGGAGCAGAUUGGCUGGAGAUACAGCCUCCUUUCUGUCGGGGUGCUACAGCUAAGCGUUGUCAUCUGCGGAUCACUGUUGCGGCCCAUUAUCAUCAAAGAGCAAGAAGAAGUGAAAGUGCAGCCUCCGGAAGAGAUCACGGAGACCAAGUACAUGCUUGAAAACGAGCAAACACGCACCUCAAUAGAGUCCAUAGACUCAGGAGUAGAAAUAACUACCUCACCCAGCAAUGUGCCUGGAAACACCAAAGCAGAGCCGAAAAGUGAAGAACCAAAGGAACAAGUACAGAUACUUAGUGACAAUAACAGCACCCCUCCAGAACCAAAAAACAAACUACUGGACUUUUCUGUGAUGAGAGACUAUAGCUUUAUCUGUUAUGCACUCUUUGGCCUCUUCGCUACCCUGGGCUUCUUUGCUCCCUCCCUCUACAUCAUUCCCCUGAGUCUCAGCCUUGGCAUCAGCAAAGACCACUCUGCAUACAUACUGUCUGCCAUGGCCAUCGCAGAGGUCUUUGGAAGAAUUUCAGCUGGCUGGGUUCUCAACAAAGAGCCUAUCCGCAAGAUCUACAUUGAACUCAUCUGCGUUGUUCUGCUGUCUGUAGCGUUGUUUGCCUUCCCUUUUGCCUCUGAAUUCUGGGGCUUGAUGACAUGUAGCAUAUUUUUUGGGUUCAUGCUCGGAACGGUAGCGGGCACCCAUAUUCCCCUCCUGGCAGAAGACGACGUGGUUGGCAUCGCAAAGAUGUCUUCUGCGGCUGGAGUCUACGUCUUCAUUCAAAGCUUUGCUGGGUUGGCCGGACCACCCCUUGCAGGUGUCUUAGUGGAUACGACACACAACUACAGCUCAGCCUUUUACUCCUGUGCUGCUGGCAUGGUCCUGGGUGCCGUGUUUCUGUCCCUGGUGAGACCAUGCAAGGCUGGGCUGUGCCGCCGCCAGCAGCAGUGCGUGGAGGAGGGCGCAGUGGUGGUCCUACCGGACUUGCCAGAUGACUUUAUUGAGAUGGAUAUUACAAAAGCAGAAAACUCGGGAAAAGUCAGUAAUGGCACAGCGUAA